UUCCGCGUCUCUUCGUCAACGUGAGCUUUCCGAAGCCGUGCGCUCAUUUUGGACCCGUUGCUUCUGCACCCCCGAACGAAGCCGCGCCGCGCCGCGCCGCGCCACGCCCCCAACAACGCCCCCUCGGACUCGUCCUCGCCGAACCCCGAGCCACCUCUGACAGCGCCGGACACGCGAGAGCGGCGGGGCAGCGCGCGCGCUUGCACACAUCUCAGGCGGUUGCCAUGACUCUGGAAGCGAUCCGGUACCGGCGCGGGUCCCUGCAGAUCCUCAACCAGCUGCUCCUGCCGCACGAGAGCGUCUACGAGGAGAUCCGCGGCGUGCGCGACGGAUACGAGGCCAUCAAGCGCAUGAAGGUGCGGGGCGCGCCGGCCAUAGCCAUCGUGGGAUGCCUGAGCCUGGCCGUGGAGUUGCACGCCGGGGGUGGAGCCGAUGACCUCGUGUCCUUCCUCCGAGACUCGCUGAGCCACCUGACGUCAGCGCGACCCACCGCUGUCAACAUGGGCCGCGCUGCCCGCGAGCUCAUGGAGUUCGCCGUGAACGAGAGCAUGGAGAAGUCACCGGAGCAGCUCCGAGAGAGCGUGAUUGGCUGGAUCGAGGAAAUGCUGGAGCGCGACGUCAACGACAACAAGAAGAUCGGAAACUAUGGGGCGCAGCACAUCCUGUCCGGGGUGCCCUCGGACUCGGUGACCAUCCUCACGCACUGCAAUACGGGGUCCCUGGCCACAGCAGGCUACGGCACUGCCCUGGGUGUGGUUCGCUCGCUACACGCGCUCGGGCGGCUGAAGCGGGUCUACUGCACCGAGACGCGACCCUACAACCAGGGCGCGCGGCUGACGGCCUACGAGGCGGUGGCCGAGGGCUUCCCGGCGACGCUCAUCACAGACAGCAUGGCUGCGCUCACCAUGAGGGAACACAGCAUCACAGCUGUGGUGGUGGGUGCCGACCGGGUAGUGGCCAACGGGGACACAGCCAACAAAGUGGGCACGUACCAGCUGGCCAUCGCAGCCAAGUACCAUGGUAUCCCCUUCUAUGUGGCGGCACCCAGUACGUCCUGCGACCUCAGCCUGGAGAGCGGGAGGGACAUCGUGAUUGAGGAGCGCCCCCCGGAGGAACUGACCAGCAUCAACGGCAUGCCCGUCGCUGCUCCGGGAAUUGAGGUAUGGAACCCGGCCUUUGACGUUACCCCCCACCAGCUGAUUACCGGGGGCAUCAUCACCGAGCUGGGUGUCUUCUUGCCCUCGGAGCUGCAGGCCGCGCUCACCGGCCGUCUCACUGCCCUCUAGGGACCCCUCCUGGGCGCAGUCCACGAUGGCAGCCGCAUCAUGCUCGCAACUAACUGUAUUCCCACACACACACACACACACACAGUGGAACACACACAUACGCAUAUACUCAAACAGACUUGCACACUAGACGCAUGGAGUUACGUACGUCCUCUUCAAAGGUGCAUACUGUGACCCAGGGACGCAUGCACAUUGCCGCUCACACACACACACACACACACACACACACACACACACACACAUACACACAGAGCAUCCUUCUGCCCUUCUCUCUCUCCUCUCCUCUCCCUGCUCAAACACCCAGGAUCCCGUCACUGACCAGAGCUUUCGCUCCCGCCGUUUUACCCUUCCGCCUGUUCUGCUGCCGCAUUUCACGUGUUCCAACGUCCUGCCUUUGAACCCCACACCCUAUCUGUGGCUCGGAUAAGAGAACCUAAACACACCUGUAAGACCCCUACACCUACAGCUGUACUCAGUUAGCCUGACUGAUAAUGUAUCCGUGGUUUAAAACACUUGAUUUCUAUUCAAUAAAUUUAAUGCAUUUUUAAUAGAAAAUGCGCAGACUGCAAGCACCCAUGUAUGACGUAGAAAUAAUUCUUGAGCUGGUACAUCACAGACUGCAAUGUUAUUUCACAAGGGCAAAAAAAAAAAAAAAAUCCAGGUAUGAUGUAAUUUCAGCCCGUUUGUAAAUAUAGAUAAUGCCGUUCUAGUUUAAUUAAUGUGCUGAAGCUCAUUGGCUAACAUACAAAACAGUUAUUGUUAAAAAUACUAAUAGAUGUAGCACUUACCCAGUGAUUACAGAUUUGGGGGAUCAUUAUCAAAUUGAAAUGUUAUAUUAACAUUUUUUUUUUAAUUUGUCGACUAGAAUUUUUCUAUAUUGUUUUACGAAGCAGAAUCUUGUAGAGGUUUAAACGUCUUAAUAUUUCGGGAGUCUGAGACUGCCAAGUGCCGAAAAUUAUUGUAAACUGAAGACACCGGUGUCCCGACGCCCAGCGUGUUCCCCGCGCCGUCUACGUCGCCAUAACGCAGCCGUGCCGCACACAACCUCCACGCGCGCGACACCUGAGCCACGCGUUCUAUUGAAUGUCACGGGCCCCGUCGAGGGUCGCCGCUGCUCCACUGCCUUACACUCAACCAGCGGAAACCGCAAGUGGCACACGACAAGAAAUAAGAAAAUUUAAUACGUAGAAAUAAUAAUGGUAGUAAUAAUAGCGAAUAAAACGGACGGAUGGACGAGGGUGCGGAAUAGGGACGAACGGGAAUGGGGAAAGGACCCGGAUGUGAUGGGCUCGAAUAUGUGACUGCAUUAAGUCGGGAAAAGGAGUCUGCUGUGUCAGAUUUCGCAGUAAAUUUGGAUACGUGCACCGGUACCAUAAUUCGUCCUCUCCAUGGUAAUCGCAUAUGACGGACUCUCAUUUUAUUGGGUAGCGCAGUGGUUUUGAGCCGCCGCCUUCCGCUCAGAGGUCCUGGGUUCAAAUCAUACUCCUGCUGCUAUCCUUACUGAGGUACAGUACUUACCCUGAAUUGAUGCAGUAAACAUUACCCAGCUGUAUAAAUGGGUAAUUCAAUCUAGGUGGCUUAGACUACAAAGUUAGCGUUUUUAUGGAGUGCUGGGCGAUGUGUUGCUCGAUCUCUUGCUUCCCGGUGGUGCCCCAGCUACCAGCAUCCCUAUGGGGGAUGGCCUGCCAGCAGCUCCUGUUGUCCCUUGGCAUCAGGGUGUCCCAUCCCUGAUGUCCCCGCUGUGAACCCGGGACCAACGCAGCACCCUGUAGAGGCACUCUGUGCUGUGCCUGCAGUCGAACCCCCAGCCACUCAACAUUUAGGCCAAACCUCCUCCUGAAUCAGACCCCCCCCCCCCACCAUCAAAGGCUGCAGUUUCCUGUUUGGUGACGCGACAGGGGAGGGUUUCGGUCGACACGUCUGUGUUUGUGUUCUCGUGAGAAACGUUGAGACGAGGGGACAGUGACAGCGGAGGAUAAUGUAGCAGCUUUGUCGCCAUCUGUGUACGAUAGAUGUUGCAGGUCUGUUUAAUAUGACGAUGACUAUUCUAUGGCUGUGAUUUUUUUUUUUUUUUUUUUUUCCCCCCUCCUUCCUGUGGUUCUUAGUGAUGACGUGUAAUUUUUAGACCAUGACUGACAGGACUCUCACACAAUACUGACCAGCCUAAGGACUGUCUUCGAAAAAGUCGCUUUCCGGGGUGAUGGCGUGAUUUACGAAGCCGAUUGAUCCCUUUACCGCAUCGCCUGUGCGUAUACAUAACUUAUAUAUACGGGUUAAAAAUAAUUUUCAAUCCUCUCCAUUGAAACUGUUGCCAGUGCCAUAAUACACAGUGUUUUUCAGGCUUAUCAGUGUCACAUUGAGCAGAUUUCAGAUGCCAAAGAUAGUGGUUAGAUCCCACUGUGGCUCACCUGUACGUCACAGAAGUGAGAAUCUGAUUGGAUCGAAAUGGAACAUGUGUACCUGCACACCUGUACCGAUGUAAACCCAUGGGAAGUGCAGUGACACGAGUGGCUGGCAGUGUUAUGUAAGAGAGCCUCUCUUUUCAGGUGUCAUUAUCUAUCACGACUGCGUUCAUUUUUUUUUUUUUUUUUAAAUCUGUGGAAAUAGUUCAACUGGAUGUCUUUUUAAUAUAUCAAUAUAUUCUGUAAACUGCAUACACGAAAGAACGGGUGUAUCUUUCACCACGAGUCAAAUAAAAAAG